AUGGAGCGAGAGAAGAGUAAAAGAGACGGUGAGUGCCCUGUGGAGCCAAUAAGCAGCUGCAGGGACGAGCAUGGCUACGUGCCAACGGCCACGAACAACAACAACAACAACAAGACGAAGAGCAGCCCGAGCAGCGAGACCAGAUGGUACCUGCCGGGCACUCAGGAGAAUCAGGCGCGCGGGCCCUGGAUCCGAGGGCUGCCGCUGCCCUUGCCGGUCUGGGCCCACUACGAGGCCCCCACCUUGACCGUCAACAGCAUACUACAGUAUGAGGAACUAGCAAGCAGCGUUGAACUUGAAACUCAGCGGUUACUUCGCGAGCGCCGUUACGACACGCUCGACAACCUUCUUAGGUUCUACAGAGACUUUAAGCAGAGCGGAGACAACAGUCUUGAACACUUUUAUCGCAAGUAUCAGCCGUUGAUAGUCGAGGAGCGUCACACUUGCGUGGGCCUGGGCCUCGAGUUGGUGCGCCGUCUAUGCGUCAACCUCGAGUGCCGCUUUCCUGGCUUGAGCCAGGGACUCUAUCUGGCCUCGUGCGAGGAGACCAUUGGAGAUGUGGCCUCGUACGUGGGCGGUCCGCCGGCGGCGGAUAGUGGCGAGAAGGAGCAUGUGCUCGUCUGCCUGAAAGUGAUCAUAGGCGAGAACAGACGUGGCCUGCUGCUCCUCGACCCAGGCUACCACGUUGCCAGGGUCGUCACAGUGAUGCACGACAAGAUGUACCCUCACACUGGCUGGUUCACCCAGUCGGACGAGGAAGGUAGCCCCAAGAAGGAGUUCAACUACAGCUUCUGCUCCAGCGAUCCCGACUACGUCGAGUGGCACGAGCGCAGGACCGCGCGCCGACUUAGUGCCUUAGAGACCCGCAGCCAGGUCGCCCUCGUGUACGUGGCGCGGCCCUAUCUCACUGCCAUCGACGUCACCGAGCGACGCAAUCUCGCCUACAAUUACAGGAGCCUGCUCGCUAGAGACGCUAAGGGACAUCUCACCGCUGGGCUCUACUUUGAAUUGAAGUCACCCAGCGAGCAGAGCCCACAACUGGCCUCUUUCAACAUCUUUCACCAGACGAACACCGGCAAGAACAGGACCAAGCUGCCGUUCGCCAAGUUUCGCCAGUGCCCCAACAAGGUCGAGCUCGAUCAAGAGGAUGCAAGCAUGAUCGCCGAGUGCGCUCGACUCAUGUCAAUGUCCCAGGAGAGCCUGAAGCAACUACUGGCCCAACUGGCCACGCUCAUUUUCGACACGUCCUUCACCAGUCAAUUACUUGCAAUCAAUGCAAACAUUAACUGCAUUGCCAAGGACAAUUAACACACGUCGCCAUGCCCGACUAAUACGUCAAUCGGGUCUAAACACAACACUUUGAACAAUUGUUUUAUUUCUGCUAGCCCUCCUCUGACUUUUUUCACUUGUAUUUUUUUCCUUACACGCUGCGUUACUUUUUUCCUCUACUUCCUCUUUUUUAUUCUAUUACUACUUGUGGUGCUGGGCAAUCAAAUGAAAAUUCUCUAAUUAUUGAUGUUUUACAUGCCCAAUUUUUUAUUGUUUUAUUAUUUUGUGACUCAGCAAACUUAGUGUCUUGCUUUUGUAGACUUGUUUUCUUUGCUUCUAUAGCUUUAUUGUCUUGUAAUAUUUAUUUUAUCCAAAUAAAUUGAUUUGAAAUGAUUAAA